AGGAGUUUAAUUUUAUCUCAAAAUGGCAGCGAUUCACUUUUUUAUGAUGCUGCUUGUAGCAAGCAGCUUAUCAGCCAAGGAGGUCGAUAAGAAAUCAAAGGUGUCAGAACUUCUUGAGAACGGAAUCAAAGACGAGCCUGCAGGAAAGCCCGCUAAGAGAGGCAUUAUUUCCUCUGGUCAUGGAUACGUAUCUUCAGGAUUAUCUCACGGAAUCGGUAUCGGUUCUGGUUUAUCGCAUGGAAUCAGCAUCGGUUCUGGAUUAUCUCACGGAAUUGGUAUCGGUUCCGGUUUGUCUUCGUCAAUUGGCCUCGGAGGUAUUUCGGGAAUAGGAUAUGGUGGCGGAUCAGGCAUAGGAUUCGGAGGUGGCGCUGGAAUCGGAAUCGGAGGUGGCGCUGGAAUCGGAGUCGGUGUUGGUUCUGGAAUAGCAGUCGGUGCUGGCCCUGCAGUGGCGGUCGCUGCCCCGGCUGUUGCUGUCGCGCCCCAAGUACAAACUUCCGUCUCAGUACAACCAAAUCCAGUCAUUCUUCGUCAAGAAGUACCUAGAUUUAUUACCCGGACAAUCACCAGGGAUGUUCAGGUCCCAGUACAAGUUCCCGUUCCAGUACCGGUCGACCGUCAAGUCCCAUACCCAGUAAGAGUUCCAGUACCAGUACCAGUCGACAGACCAGUACCAGUUGUUCAUAGAGUACCAGUUGAAAUAACAAGACAGGUUCCUGUGUACUAUGAAAGGAAGGUACCUUACCCGGUCAAGGUUCCAGUAUCGGUACCAGUACCGUACCCAGUGACGGUUGAAAAGCAAGUACCAGUAGACAGACCAGUAUACGUAGACCGUCAAGUACCCGUUCCACACCCAGUGUACGUCGAUCGUCAAGUCAAUGUGCCUGUACCUGUGCACGUCGACAGGCCCGUCCCAGUGCCGCAUCCAGUGGUCGUAGAUAGACCAGUCGCUGUACCACAGCCUGUUGUCGUUGCAAAGCAAGUUGCAUCUGUUCCAAUAUCAACAGGUAUUUCUAGCAUCGGUGGCUCUCUUGGUGGUUUGUCUUACGGAGGUGGUUUAUCAUACGGAAGUGGUUUGUCAUACGGAGGUGGCUUAUCAUACGGAAGUGGUUUGUCAUACGGUCAUGGUUCGUCUGGUCUCAUUUCAUCCGGAUACGGUGUCUCUUCAUCCGGCUACGGUAUUUCAUCUGGCUACGGUCACUCUGGCGGUUUAUCUGGAUACUCCAAAAUCAUCAGUAGCCACUAAUAUUAAUCUUUUUAAGAACCCCUUAAAAUGUACAAGUUCAUUUAUAAUGAUUAUUA